AUGAGUAAUCCUAGAGUCAUCCUAGAGAUUUUUAUUUUAAUUAUUCUUGUAUCGAUAAGUUUAACCGCGGCGCUAAACAUUUCGAAUCUCCUAACGAACAGACGUUUCGUGGAAAAGCAAAUCGAUUGUAUUUUGAAUCGGGGGCACUGUGAUUCCAUAGGGAAAACAAUUAAAGGAUUGUUGCCAGAAGCAUUGAACAACAAUUGCCGACGCUGUACUCCCGAAGAAACCGAACAAGCCCGAACGAUGAUCGAAUUUAUGAAACGAAAUUAUCCCAAUGAAUGGCAUUCGAUUGUGAGACACUACGGAAGGAUGCAGAAAUUAUAUUUGAAGAAUACACGCGAUAAUGGAAGAACACAAUGA